UGUCCCAUUUAUCCAGCCUGGAAUCGUUAUGCGCGCUGUCGUUGUCAUUACGGUAACCCUGACAGCGGCUCUGGGUGUCAGCUGAUCCUCAGUUGGAAAAUCAGCUGCAAGGAAAACACUGCUGGUGACUUCAAGCCAUGGCUGCGGAGAUACACUCGAGGCCCCAGACCGCCAGACCGGUACUUCUGAACAAAAUCGAGGGACACUCAGACGCCAUCAAUGCAGCUGUUUUAAUACCAAAAGAAGAUGGAGUUAUUACGGUUAGCGAGGACAGAACUAUCCGGGUUUGGCUGAAGAGAGACAGCGGUCAGUACUGGCCAAGCAUCUACCACACAGUCUCCUCUCCAUGUUCUUGCAUGUCGUACCACCAUGACAGCAGACGCAUCUUCAUAGGCCAGGACAAUGGCGCUGUUGUGGAGUUUCUCAUCUCUGAAGAUUUCAACAAGAUGAACCACGUCAAAACAUAUCCAGCCCACCAGAACCGUGUGUCAGAUAUGGUGUUUUCCCUGGAGAGCGAGUGGGUGGUGAGUACGGGCCACGACAAGAGCGUGAGCUGGAUGUGCACCCAGAGUGGCAGCAUGCUGGGGAGACACUACUUCACCGCCUGGGCCUCCUGCUUACAAUACGAUCACGAGACACAGCACGCCUUCGUCGGCGAUUACUCAGGACAGAUCACGCUGCUGAAACUGGAGAAGCAGACGUACUCCACCAUCACCACACUGAAGGGACAUGAAGGUAGUAUAGGAGUCCUGUGGUGGGACCCCAUCCAGAGGUUGCUGUUCUCAGGGGCCUCCGACCACAGCGUCAUCAUGUGGGACAUCGGGGGCCGCAAAGGACGAACGCUACUGUUGCAGGGACACCAUGAGCGUGUCCAGGCCCUGCGUUACCUCCAGUUGAACAGGCAGUUGGUGUCGUGCUCAGCUGAUGGAGGCAUCGCUGUGUGGAACAUGGACACACCCAGAGAAGAGGCACCCCAGUGGUUAGACAGCGACUCGUGUCAGAAGUGUGAGCAGCCUUUUUUCUGGAACAUCAAGCAAAUGUGGGACACUAAGACCCUGGGGCUCCGACAGCACCACUGCAGGAAGUGUGGCAAAGCUGUGUGUGGGAAAUGUAGUUCUAAACGCUCCACGUUCCCACUCAUGGGCUUCGAGUUCCCGGUGCGGGUGUGUGACGCCUGCUUCGACACCAUCAAAGAAGAAGAUCGAACACCGUUGGCAACGUUCCACGAGGGGAAACACAACAUCGCCCACAUGCACAUGGACCCAUCUAGAGGCCUGAUGGUCACAUGUGGAAGUGAUCGCAUUGUUAAGAUCUGGGAUAUGACGCAGGUGGUUGGCUGUAGCUUAGCAACAGGCUUCACUCCGCACUGAUUGGUCCAGCCCACUACACGGCCCCCCCUCUCUCUCUCUAAGCUCCGCCCAUCCUCUUCCAAUGUCAUGGAAACCGCUCUGUACAGUAUAUAUCUCCCCAUCACGCCUGAGCUCCUCAGCUACAGCCAGGCCUGCUCUUUGUGAAUGUGUGUGUGUGUGUGUGUAUAUGUGUGUAUAUGUGUGUAUGUGUGUGUAUAUAAGUGUGAGUGCUGAUGGUGCAGGUCUCCACAUUCUUUUUCCUUCUCAUAACAAACUAUCCUUUAAUUUCACUACUCCUCAGUCCUACAUGAAAGUGAGCGCGACUUGAGUUUUUUUUUUUUUGUUGACUUUUUGCUCUAAUUGGAAACAGAACCCUAAGCACAAUAAUGGUGUGUAAGUGUGUGUACAUGUGUGCAUGUAUCGUAAUUAUUCCUCCUAUGGGAGGAAUGGUGUUGAUAUUAGUGUUUACUAUUUAAUAUGAUGCUUUUUUUUGACAAAGGUCAUUUUUUUAAUUACCUUUGCACUGUAACAUUAGGUUUCACAAAAUCACUGACCUGCCACUCCUGUAAAAAAAACAACUAAAAAAAACACAUACACUAGCUUCUGCUUAUAAUUGUGGCCCACUAACUGCAUAUUACUCACUGUAACAUGUAUAAAAACAUAAAAAUCUGUAUAUACCCCUGUAUGUUUAUAAUAGAGUUAGUUGCUUGAAAUUACUUUUUUCCCCCCCUCUCUCUUAUUGAUUUCUUGUUUUCUCUUUCACUAGUUGGCCUUAAAUCACUCUCAGGAGGUUUUACAUCAGUAGGUUGUCGCUGGGCGGGGCUUUUCAUGUCAGUCGUAAACCAUCCCCUAACGUCUAAUCAUUGGAGCAUUGUAAGAAAAUCAACCACUUGUUGAUAGACCAAUGAAAUCUCUGGGUGCGUUCGAAGAUGCCGCCGCAGAAAUUCGAUGCAGUUGUCAGACGUUUCCAUGACGACGUUGACGGAUCCUUUCACUUUUUUAAGAUGUCGAGUGAGGCAUGGAGUUAUGGUCCUGUGGCUUUUUUUUGUGGCUUCAACUUCUUAAUAGAUAUAGCACAUCACUAGCAUUUAUAACUCUCUUUAGAAAACUGGGUGUAGGUAGAUGCGACACAUGGCACUUAUGGUGUAAACCCAAAACUCUAAUGCCUUGUGAGAAUUACUCGUCAUCUGUAAUUAAAAAAAAAAUCAGACAUUAUAUUGUGGUGCAAAAUUGGAUCAACUUUAACCAGAAAGAAACAAAGGUACAGGACAGGUACUCUGAACUUAAUGUAGCAAAUGCUGGCGUGUAGACGUCUUUGCCAGUAGAAUCAGGGCUGCCUGUGUUCCUUCAAAAGCCUUAAAGAGAGAAGGACACACUCACAAAGCCUUUUUUUUUUUUUUUUUUAAAGUAGCUUGUCGGUGCUUACGACUAUUCACUCAUUCACCGUCACGCACUCACUUUGUUAUAAAGCCGUGGACGUCUCGUUUGCGGUCCUUUCACCCUGUUUUCCCUAUAAGUUGUACUCUGAACUCUAAAACCUUCCAACGCGCACACACACACACACACAUCUGUGUUAUUAAGGAUGCCUCAUAGCGCUUUCACCACUGCACUGAAUUGCACAGCUCACGGUCUUCAUUGUGGACUUAACACAUUUAUUGCAAGUUCUGAUCUGGGAGAGAUAAUAGCUGGAUUAGAUGUAGCGUUCCUUGUAAGUAGUGGCUAAUAUCUAACGCUUGCCUUAUUGUAAGUGGGGAAAAAUGAGCAUUAUACUGUUUGAGUUCCUGAUUUUAAAUGUAGUUACAUUCCAGUUUGUUUUUUUUUUGAUUAUGUAGUGUAUAUUUAUAUUUGUAGUAAAGUAUUUAUCUAUCAUCACUGUAAAUGGUUGUUUACUUUUCUUCGUGCCCAUCUAGUAGUCUUUAUUUCUUCGUGUUAGCAAACUAAAGCCCAUGCAAACUCUUUAUGACGAGAUGAAUUGAAAUGUCAAAUCAUGCAGUAUUUUACAUCCUAACAAGGACAGACAGAGACUGGUUGGUUAAUCGAGUCACAGCAGUGGUUGUUAUAUGACUGCUGUUGUUUGUUUCCCAUCAUCAAUGUACAAAUCAAUAGAUCCCUAAAUGUCACAAUAUAAUACUUGGGGUUAGACUGAAAGCUGAGACUGAUUGAAUUAGUCAGUAGCCAAUAUUAUAUACUUCUGCUAUCAGGGUGACAUCAGUAGACAUGAGUGAAUUCUGGCUGCUCUUGGGUAAAACGUGCCUUAAUUAUCACAAAACGUUCCCAAAUGUGUCAUUAAAGGUGCAUUAAUAACUUUUUUUGACCAUUUUGGUGUUGAAAAGAUUUUAAACACUAUAAAAAAUAUAGUGAACGUGUAAUCAAAAAGUCAAUUUUUGUCACUUGGAGCAGCAGAACAAGCAGAAAACAACACUGACUAAUUUUCACUCUUAGAAGUUCACUUUUAGCUCAAUUUUGUUCUCCUACGACUCCUGAGGAAAAAUAUCUGCCUCUACAGACACUUAUUGCCCCACCAGGUUUAGUAAAUAGCUAAAUGCAUGUUGCUAAAUGUGACUGGGCAUGUUGUGUAUGUUAAUCAGAGGCUUUUUGCUGCCAGAAAUAUUAUAAAUGAAAGUAAAAUUGUAGGCUGAAGCUUUUAAAAAGGAUGUUUUCAGGGCUCAUAAUGUACCUAAACUUCUAUCAGAUUAGAGAUGGAUAUUUACUGGCUUAUUAAGAGUUUUUAGUCAGCUCAUAAUUUUUGGGAAACUCAUCAUAGUCUAACCCCAACUAUUAUAAAAACUCAUGCCACAAAGCGUCAUCAUGGAUCUACAGGGUUAUUGACGAUGCUACAGUACAAUCAGGAUUCAAGCCCUCUUUUUCCUAUUUCAGUUAAGUCAACACAGAAGCUUUAUCCAGUCAUUAUUUCUAAUCAUGUCCUGGUAACAGAUUGUGUUCUGUGAUUAAAAAAGGAAAAUGGCUUUCUGCUCAAACACUGUCUCUGGGGUGUUAAUGGACAAGAUGUUAAAGGUUUGAUGGAUUGGUUGUUUGCUGAAAAAGCAAAUGAAACACAUCUCCAGAUUGCCAGACCGUCACAGGAAGGAAGGAAUAGAUUUUGUCAAGUCAUAAAUUGUUCAUUUCUUCUUUUUUUAAAUCUUUAUUAGUCACCGGAUGGAUGUCUUUUUGUUUAGUUUUUGUCAUCUUCAGUUGAUCAAACACUAGAAUGGUCAAGCCUUCAUGUUUAUGAGAGACCACAUUAAUACUUGAUGACUCAUUUCCCUCCAACACCAGGGCCCAUAUAUCUCAAACUCUGUACAUUGAUUUCUUCUGGACUUUUUUUUCCUCUUCUAACUGCUUGUAAAAGACACUUGCUGUCCCCCAAAAUGAUGUUGUUAAUGUAUAUCUCAAAAAUAAUUGUAUUUUUAAAUACUUUUGUUGACAAUACAGUACUGACUUUGGUCUCCCUGUGGCCUUAAAACUAGGUCGCAGAGAGAAAAGAAUCAAUGCUUAAUAAAAAUAUUCUGAUAUGUUUA